UUUAGGAUUUCAAUGGGAAUUGAAAUGUGACAUUGAAUCAAUUGACAGAUGAAAAAAUUAUUGACAUGUUUUAUACAAGAGAAAAACAAUAAGAUAUGUCAGGGAUGUCUCCAUCUGAGAGGAGACUUCAGAAAGAACUAAUGUCUUUAUUAAAAGAACCACCACCAGGGGUAACAGUUGAUGCAGAGCUGGCAGAAAAAAAUUUGCUUCAAUGGAUUAUUUACAUGGAAGGGGUACAAGGAACCCUAUAUGAGGGAGAAAAAUUUCAGUUGCAGUUUAAAUUUAGUAAUAAGUACCCUUUUGAUUCACCAGAGGUAAGAGUAUAUAUUUUCUUUUUUUUUUAUUAAAAUCUUAUUUUUUUA